AUGGACGUCAUCACAGAAGAACUCAUGGAUGGACCACCGAAGACCAUCCUCUACGUUGAUGACAGCGGAGAGCAAGGAAGGACUUCAGGAGAAGUUUCAGAAAUGGGAGAAAAUGCUGCCAAAGAAUGGACCCGAAGUGAUCUGGCCGCUGAUGGUAGCGUGGACCAGGCUGUGAAAUCCCGAGACUCUCAAAGGAAGGGUGCAUCAGACAGUAACAAGGCCCAUAAUGCUCUACAGCGGCGAGUGUUAAGUAAAACAUAUGAAGGACAGAUCCGCUCCGCUGAAAUGAGAAUCCUCAGGUGGGCCUGCGGCUGGACGCGACUGGAUCGGAUCAGAAAUAAAGACGUCACGACGGCAAUGCAAACAGCCCCAGUUCAACUGAAGAUGAGAGAGCAGCGCCUGUGUUGGUUCGGGCAUGUACUAAGAAGGCCACAAAACCAUCCUGUAGGAAAGGCAAUGGAGUUCGAGGCUCAAGGUAAGCGACCUCGAGGAGCUCCAAAGAAGAGAUGGUGGGACCUGAUCAAGAAGGACCUCGCCGAAGCUAAUGUGAUGGCAGAAGAUACCAUAAAUAGAGUGAAACGGAGACGGCUGACAUCAACGCCAGAGAGAAGAAGAAGAAGAUCAGAGCGUUGUCGUCAGAUGGUAGUGUUCAUUCCUGGGACUUUCGUGAUGAGAGGCUUGCUGAUGGAAGUGAAUUCUUCGCUUGGUAUAGCGUAUACAUAUGUGAGCCAUGUGAGCCUCCUGGGUGAAAUGAAUCCUAAAGUGCCGAACACAACCGUUUGCGGCAGCGGGCUAACAAUCAAACAUUCCUCUGAGAUGGUUCUGAUCACUGGGAAAGGACAAUCCAAGAAACGUGGACCCUGA